AUGGUCAACCUCACAGCAACACUCAGUAGCCUCAUCACCGCGAAUCACAUCCUCCAUUACCACAGCAUACUCGACUCCAUGGGACACAUAUCAGUACGAAAUCCAAAGAACAACUCUACAUACUUCAUCGCUCUCCAACUAGGGCCAGCCGUGGUAUCCGGAUUGGAGGAUAUUGGCGAGUACCUCAUUGAAGAUAGUUCUCCAGUGAACGGCACCCAAGGAGGAUAUGCAGAAAGAUACAUACACAGCGAGAUCUUGAAGAAAUAUCCGGACAUAAAUGCAGUAGUCCACAGCCAUUCGGAAGAUAUACUACCAUACACAGUACUUGGAAGUGUCCCUUUGAAGCCGGUGUAUCACAUGGGUGGUUUUCUAGGCGAUGGCAUUCCCAACUUUGAUAUUGAGAGUGUUUACAACGACGGCGACGCCCGCGAUUUCCUGGUAAACACAAUUCCCCUAGGAGCAGCACUCGCCGAUAAGCUCGGCGUGAAUGCUUCUCAGCCUACGUCUCCUUUGCAUACCAUUGCUCUGCAGCGAGGCCAUGGGUUUGUCGCCGUUGGGACAUCGAUUGAGCAGGUGGUUGAUUACGCCUAUUACGCAGCAAGUAAUGCAAGAGUGCAGACCAAAGCUUUGCUGUUGUCAGGGGCCACAGGCGGAAGUGUGCAGUAUUUGAACAAGCAGGAAAUGUUUGAUAGUAAGAACAUGAAUUCGUGGAUUGUAUUUAAGCCAUGGAAGCAAUGGGUGAGGGAAGUAGAAAGGAGUGGGCAAUAUGAGAAUAGGUUAGGAACACCGCCUAUGACAUAG